UAUCCGAGUAUUGUAAUACUAUAAAUCUGAAGCCUCCCCGAAGUCACCGCUUAACUUCUUCUUUAUUUCUUCUCGUGUUUGUUCUGGGGACGCUUCGGCCCUGGAGUCGAAAUCAGCUGGCUGCCGGAGGCGAGGGAGGUUAUGCAGGAAGGCGUCGAGGUUGUGCCUGUUUGUUCCGUGGGCUUGACUGUCUGGAGCAGGAUAUGGGGCAAAUGCAACUUGGGUCAAGCUACUGUCAGUGUGAAACCUUUUUCAUACAGAAAGUUCCUAUUUGGCGUCUUCUCGUUCUCGGAAACUUCCUUCUCCUCUCAUUCGUUAACUGCACUUAGGGGUCAUUUCCUGUUCCAUGACCACCACGGGCAUCAAGAUUCUAUCUUUUCUGAAGUUAUUUGGUCCUAAGUGCUAUAAAGGAUUCCACUACAAGUAAUCCUCUUUAAGUGUGUUUCUGUUGCUGUCAACAUGAUCUGCCUAUUAUCUUGUAUCAGUGUCCAAUUUCAGUUUGCUUGUCAAGUUUUAGGAGUAUUUUUACCAGAAAUAUGAACCUGUCUGUUAUGGUUCAGGUUAACUGCUACAAAUAUUCUCUCUUCGCUCUUUAGUCUUUAAUAAAUGCAAAAUUGCUUCAAGCCAACAUGCUCAAUUUUCACAAGUAUGGGAACAUGUGCAGACUACCGACCUAAGGAUGCUGGAUUGGUUGUUUCUUGUGGUUUGGUGAUAGGUGGUGUUUAGUCUGUGCGGCAUCUCAAAUAAAGUGGGUUCUAGAGUUGGAAUUUAUCUGUAUAAGGUGUAGUGGCAUCUGCUAAAUUACAUCUGGAAGUGGGCUUCUAUAGACGAGUUUUUUCUGUCAGUAAAUUGGAAUCUUUUUGUUAGGCACUGUGGUGCUUCGCAUUUCUAAAUAAGAGCUUGGGGUGUAAUUAUUUCUUCAAUUGAGAAGAAUGGAACGCUAUCUGGUGAUCAAGGAAGUUGGAUUUGGAACAUUUGGUAAUGUCUGGAGAGCUGUUAAUAAAGAUAGUGGUGAAAUUGUUGCCAUAAAGAAAAUGAAGAAAAAGUAUUAUUGCUGGGAGGAGUGCAUGAAUCUUCGGGAAGUCAAGUCCCUUCGAAAAAUGAACCAUCCUAAUGUUGUGAAGCUUAAAGAGGUCAUUAGAGAGCACGAUGUGCUAUACUUUAUCUUUGAAUAUAUGGAGUGCAAUCUUUAUCAGUUUAUGAAUGAUAGAGACAAGCCUUUUUUAGAGUCUGAAAUUCGAAAUUGGUGCUUUCAAGUGUUCCAAGCCCUUGCAUACAUGCAUCAGCAAGGCUAUUUUCACCGUGACCUUAAGCCUGAAAAUUUAUUGGUGUCUGAAGAUGUGAUCAAAGUGGCGGACUUUGGCCUAGCUCGUGAAAUUUCGUCAAGGCCACCAUUUACAGAAUACGUCUCCACUCGUUGGUACCGAGCCCCUGAAGUUUUGCUGCAGUCUUCUGUAUAUGGCCCUGCAGUUGAUAUAUGGGCCAUGGGUGCAAUAAUGGCAGAGCUGUUUAAUCUCCGCCCUCUUUUUCCUGGCACAAAUGAAGCAGAUGAAAUUCAAAAAAUCUGCAGUGUGAUUGGCUCUCCUUGUCAAAAUUCCUGGGCUGAGGGACUACGCCUCGCAGAUACAAUAAAGUUUCAGUUUCCACAGUAUACGGGCAUCCACCUCUCGAUGUUGAUCCCAUCCGCCAGUGACUGUGCUAUCAACCUCAUCUCAUCACUUUGUUCAUGGGAUCCUCUCCGAAGGCCUACCGCUGCAAAGGCUCUUCAGCAUCCGUUCUUUAAGCCUUGCUACUACAUCCCACCAUCUCUUCGUCUGCUUGACUCUGGAAAUUCUAAGACACUUGUGUCCGCUCCAGAACAUUUGAGUGCGAGAAGGUGCUCUGUUGGAGCUUUAAACAAUAAGCCUCCAAGUAAUGUGCCAUCACCAACUGCAUGCACCUCUUUGAAGACGGGUGCUGCCCAGAGGAAGAUAGAUAUCCAUCUGUAUCAGGAUUAUAUUCCUUACGAAAAUCGUGCAGUGCAACCACUGUAUAGGCGACCAGCUUGGAAUAAUCCAGGACACCUCGGCACAGUAGCACAUGGGGCCUGGGAUUUUAAUGAGAACUUGGUGCAUCCUAUGGUAAGCUCAGGUGGAGUUGAUGAUAUGACAGAUAAGCUGGCAAAACUUGCCAUGAAUUCUGGUUCCCAGUCAGUGAGGCCGUCACCACCAGCAUUGAAAGCUGGCAGAUGGCAUUCCAACACACGCUAUCUUAACCGAUCUUAUGAGAUACCCCCUGUUAGAGUUUAUCCACGCAAUGCUGUUGGCUGAAGAAACCUCCCCAUUAUUAUGUUCGGAUGUCGCACGCCCUUCGGUAUCAGGCACUGGUUGCUGUAAUAAGUGAGACUUUUAUAAUGCUGUUGCCUGUUUGAAGAAUUUAAUACUUUAAUCUGCCCUGCUCUCUAUGAGCUCCUUUUAAAUAAGGAGAAGACAAUACUGUUUGUGGUAAGAGGAUAUGUUGUGUCCUAGUUGUUUUUUAUCAAUUCACUCUGCUUUAUUUUCGAUGCCAAAAGCUGUCAUGCAAAUAUUAAAUUAA